UUCAAAUAUUAAAAUAAAUAUAAAUAGAUUGGGAGUGUUGACAUUCAAAUAUAUUUUUCUCAUUCAUCAUCCAAUUUGUGUUUGCGAUCGAUCCAAAACAAUGGACGCCUUCACUUCCUUCUUCGAUUCAAGAAACCGAUGGAAUUACGAUACGCUCAAGAACUUCCGUCUCAUCUCUCCCAUCGUUCAAAGUCACCUCAAGAAGGUUUAUUUUACUCUUUGUUUCGCCGUGGUUGCUGCUGCCGUUGGGGCCUACCUUCAUGUUCUCCUGAACGUUGGGGGUUUUCUUACUACGGUGGCUUGUGUUGGAAGCAGCGUUUGGUUACUCUCUACAUCUCCUUCGGAAGAGAAGAAGAGGGUGACUUUGUUGAUGGCCGCGUCACUGUUUCAAGGUGCCUCCAUUGGACCCUUGAUUGAUUUGGCUAUUCAAAUAGAACCAAGCCUUAUCUUUAGUGCAUUUGUGGCAACAUCCUUGGCCUUUGCAUGCUUCUCGGGAGCAGCUUUGGUUGCAAGACGUAGGGAGUACCUGUACCUUGGUGGCUUGCUUUCUUCUGGAUUGUCCAUCCUUCUCUGGUUGCACUUUGCUUCUUCCAUUUUUGGAGGCUCAACAGCUCUCUUCAAGUUUGAGCUGUACUUUGGGCUUUUGUUGUUUGUGGGUUACAUUAUAGUUGACACCCAAGAAAUAGUUGAGAGAGCACACUUGGGCGAUCUGGACUAUGUAAAGCAUGCCUUGACCUUGUUUACCGAUUUGGUUGCAGUUUUUGUAAGGAUUCUUGUCAUUAUGUUGAAAAAUUCAGCUGAGAGGAACGAGAAAAAGAAGAAGAGGAGAGAUUAAUUUCUUACCAAUCUGCUCGGUUUACACCUCUGUUCCCUUGGUCUUCAAUACAUAGGAUACUUGACUAUAAAGUGAUUUAAUCUUCACGAACUUUUUCCUACUUGUUUGCUUCUGAACUUUUUAACAAAGCAUGUACUAAAAUGAAAAAAGUAAGGUGGUCUUGGACAACCAGUUCAAUUA